UGGAUUCUUUCAUACAGUUAAAAGUAGUGAACGGAUCCAGAUCGUCAACGUCAACGAUGAGUAAGUGCUAUACGGCUAGAGUCGACUGGUUGUGGAUCAUUUCUAUCCUGCUGCUGAACGUGAGCCUAUCGCAUCAGUGGGGAUUUUGGUUCGGUGGAGGUCAAACCGGUGAAUUGAGCGCUUUCGGAGGAGCAAUCGGUCCGAACGACAUUCUAUGCGCCAAGAAGCUGAUCGGUCGGGGGACGAAACUACCGAUCAAUAUUCCGUUCUCCAUAUCGAUUCCGAUCCGGGCUUACUACGCUGAAGCAGUCGAGUACGACAGACGGGGAUUUAUGGUGGGCAUAAAAAAUGGCGCGUUGAACACCAACUCUAUCACUUUGUUCAUUUCUGGACCUAGGACACUGCCGUAUUUCGUAAUAGUCGAUUUCUACUGUACCCCUUAGCGAAUUGUGUGUAUGAAAUUGCAAACUGACCUACUCUAAUAAAAGGCUAUUAAUCGACCCUCGGGAUCGAGCGUCCGG